AUGCCUGUUGUGGACGGGAUCAACAUCCCCGAGGAUAUGAAGGGUUCUCUAAAAGCAAGCAACAAGCGAGACUCUGUCCUCGGAGUGAGGCCGGCUUCUGAGACCACCGAAGCAGAGCACGCAACAAUUGAAGCUCAUCCGAAGCCGUUGUGGACAAGGAUAAGAGCAUCCUGCCGCGAGGCCUUCUCAGAGUUCUUCGGUACCAUGAUACUAGUGCUGUUCGGCAAUGGAGUAGUCGCCCAGGUCGUCCUCAGCAACAACCAGAAAGGAGACUACCAGUCUAUAUCGUGGGGAUGGGGUCUCGGAGUCAUGCUCGGCGUCUAUGUUAGCGGUAUAUCGGGCUCUCAUCUAAACCCUGCCGUUACCUUUGCAAUGUGCGUCUUUCGCAAGUUCCCCUGGCGCAAGUGGCCCGUAUACGCCGUCUCUCAGAUCCUCGGAGGCAUUUGCGCUGCAGCCAUUGUCUACGGAAACUACAAGUCAGCCAUCGACGCAUACGAGGGAGGACCAGACAUUAGGACUGUCCCCGGAUACUCUGACACGGCGUCGGCGGGUAUAUUCUGUACCUACCCAGCAGAGUUCAUGACACGAACAGGGCAGUUCUUCUCCGAGUUUGUUGCCAGUUCGAUCCUGAUGUUUGUGAUCUUUGCCUUAACCGACAGCGGGAACAUGGCCGCCGGACCUUUGAUGCCUCUCGCCAUGUUCUUUACGAUCUUUGGCAUUGGUGCCUGCUUUGGCUGGGAGACAGGCUACGCCAUUAAUCUUGCUCGAGACUUUGGGCCUAGAUUGGUCUCGUAUAUGCUUGGGUAUGGAACCGAGGUGUGGAAGGCAGGGAACUAUUACUUUUGGGUACCUGCUGUUGCGCCCUUUUUUGGAUGUACAUUCGGCGGCUGGCUGUACGAUAUGUUCCUCUACGUGGGUCCGGAAAGCCCGACCAACAUGCCGUACUUAGGGCUACGUCGCUUUGUCAAGCCGGGGGCUGAGAAACACCACAACGACCACAGCCCUGUUUGA